AAUAAUAUAAUAAUCAAAAAUUUUUUCUAGUAUUGGUAGACCCAAACAUAUACGUGUUAUGGCUGGUGCUUUAGAAGGAGAUCUUUUUGUUGGUCCAAUAGCAGAAGAACAUCGUGGUCUCUUAUCUCUUCGUUAUCCAAUGGAACAUGGAGUUGUUACAGAUUGGAAUGAUAUGGAAAGAAUUUGGUCUUAUGUUUAUAGUAAAGAUCAAUUAGCAACAUUUAGUGAAGAACAUCCAGUUUUAUUAACAGAAGCACCUCUUAAUCCAAGAAAAAAUAGAGAAAAAGCUGCAGAAAUAUUCUUUGAUACAUUUAAUGUUCCAGCAUUAUUUGUUUCAAUGCAAGCUGUACUUAGUCUAUAUGCCACAGGACGAACUACAGGAGUAGUUUUAGAUGCUGGAGAUGGUGUAACACAUGCAGUACCUAUUUAUGAAGGUUUUGCUAUGCCUCAUAGCAUUAUGAGGGUUGAUAUAGCAGGACGUGAUGUCACAAGACAUCUUCGACUUCUUUUACGUAAAGAGGGUAUUAAUUUCAGAACUACAGCAGAAUUUGAAAUUGUUAGAACAAUUAAGGAAAGAGCAUGUUAUCUUGCUAGCAAUCCUCAAAAAGAAGAAACUAUUGAAACAGAGAAAUUCCAAUAUAUAUUGCCUGAUGGAAGUUAUUUAGAAAUUGGUCCAGCACGAUUUAGAGCUCCUGAAGUGCUUUUUAGACCAGAUUUAAUUGGAGAAGAAUGUGAAGGACUUCAUGAAGUAUUAACAUAUUCCAUCCAAAAAUCUGAUUUAGACUUAAGGAAAGUAUUAUUUCAAAAUAUUGUUCUAUCAGGAGGAUCAACACUAUUCCGAGGAUUUGGUGAUAGAUUAUUAUCGGAAAUUCGUAAAAUGGCACCAAAAGAUAUAAAAAUUAGGAUAUCAGCUCCUCAAGAACGAUUAUAUAGCACAUGGAUUGGAGGUUCUAUUUUGGCUUCUUUAGAUACUUUUAAAAAAAUGUGGGUUAGUAAAAGAGAAUAUGAAGAAGAUGGUAUAAGAGCAAUUCAUCGUAAGACAUUUUGAAUUUAAUUCAGAAUGAUUUAUGUCAUGUCAAAUAAUUUAAGUACAACAUAUAAAUAAUGGCACAGUCGGCAUCAAACUCGACAUGUACCGUAUUUACUAUGCUCUUUGAAUGCUUUUAAUAUUGCAAUUUUUUUUUAAGUAUUGCUUCAACUUCUUUUACAUGAAAAUAUAUU